AUAAUAGCCCGAGCCGAUCCAAACGGAAGCGGGGUGCGCGCUGCCGGGGCCGCCGGGCAGAGGUGCUCGAGCCCCGAGCCCGAGGGGCUCCCCACGCAGCUCCCACGAGACGGGGUGGAGGGGGGGGGAAGGCCCGGGCGCCCGCCCUACGCGUCCCCCCUCGCGAAGGCGCUCGGUCGUGGUCGGUCCCCUUCAGGAAGCCGCGAGCGUCACCAACUGCGUCAGCUUCUUCAAACACCGUGCCCUGUCUCUCUCCAGCCCGGGAGCCGCCACCGCGGGGCUAGGGCCGCGGGCCGCGCUGGCAGGCGCGUCUCGGGGGAGGAGAAAGUUCCCGGGGACCCUCCCGUCGCCCGCUCGGCCCAGCCGCACCGCCCGCACCCGUGCCCUGGCGUGGGCAACUUGGGACCCCCGGCUGCGCGCGGGCCCUCCCCCCCCCCCCCCCCCCCGCAGCCCGCUGAGCUCGCAGGGCUUCCCGCGGGGGAUCGAGCCCAGGGCCCAGCGGAAGAACAGCCGCGCUAGAAAGUUCCCAAAGCCGGGAAGCCACCGGGGUCCCCGAGCAUCGCUCUUACCUAGCUCUCGGGAGGCCACGUUCCGGGCGGGCCGCACGGGGCGCGUGGUGCACGAGCGCGCGCGCGCGUGGGGCGUUCUAGAGGCAGAAGUCUGACACCAGGGUCUGUGAGAAUACGCCUCCUUUCAGGAAUGCAAAUGGUCAACUCCUUCCAUCUUGGCAGUGGAAAGAGGUUUGUUUAUAUGGUAGAUUACCUUUAUCUAUUUUCAUAUGUUCAACCAUCCCUGCACCUCUGGGAUAAAGCCUACUUGAUCACAGUAACAGGGAAGAAGAAUAGCAGUGGAGCCACAGGAGAAUUCCUUCCUGGGGAUUUCAGAGAUGGAGAAUACGAAGCUGCUGUGGCCUUGGAGAAACAGGAGGAUUUGAAGACGCUUCCAGUCCACCGUGUGAGCCUGGAGGAGCAACAACAGAGACGUGAGAAGCAGCGAGAGACGGAGCUCAAAAAGAAAAAAUUAGAACAAAGAUCAAAGCUUGAAAACCUAGAGGACCUUGAAAUAAUCGUCCAACUGAAGAAAAGAAAAAAGUACAAGAAAACUAAAGUUCCAGUUGUGAAGGAACCGGAACCUGAAAUUAUUACUGAACCUGUGGAUGUGCCGAGGUUUCUGAAAGCUGCUCUGGAGAACAAACUGCCAGUCAUAGAGAAAUUCCUGUCAGACAAGAACAGCCCUGACGUCUGUGAUGAGUAUAAACGGACCGCUCUCCAUAGAGCAUGCCUAGAAGGACACUUGGCAGUUGUGGAGAAGUUAAUGGAGGCUGGAGCCCAGAUUGAAUUCCGUGAUAUGCUUGAAUCCACAGCCAUCCACUGGGCAUGUCGUGGAGGAAACCCGGAUGUCCUGAAACUGUUGUUGAACAAAGGCGCCAAAAUCAGUGCCCGAGACAAGCUGCUCAGCACAGCGCUGCACGUGGCGGUGAGGACUGGUCACUACGAGUGCGCAGAGCACCUCAUCGCUUGCGAGGCCGAUCUCAAUGCCAAGGACCGAGAAGGAGAUACCCCGCUGCACGAUGCUGUGAGGCUGAACCGCUAUAAGAUGAUUCGGCUCUUGAUGACGUUCGGGGCGGACCUCAACGUCAAGAACUGUGCUGGGAAGACCCCCAUGGAUCUGGUACUGCACUGGCAGAAUGGAACCAAAGCAAUAUUCGACAGCCUUAAGGAGAAUGGCUACAAAACCUCUCGCAUAGCUACAUUCUGAGGAAGGAGACUCUCAACAGGAGCUGUUCACAGGCAUUUUCGAAGCAUUGCCUCCUGGAAGAGCAACACCAGUUAUAAAAUCCAGCUUUUGUUUGCCAGAGGGUAGAGAGAUAGACUUUAAAGACGCUUCAAGAAAGCACUGGGUUAUAGGUGCCAAAAUUUCCUUUAGUGAUGAUGCUCACCAUCUUUAUUUAUUUCUAUUUAUUUAUUUAUUUCCGAACACUGGUAUUCAGGCUUUCACGAGCAUUUUGGGGGGAGUAAAACUUAACCUGUAUGCAGCAUUCAGAAUCUUCCCAUAGAUCUUAAACCCUGUGGGUGAAUGAUGUCUAAUUGCAUACGUUUGUCCUCAGUUGCAUAGAGCUAUUCAAGGCGUUUUUAAAUGGCAAGGGGGAAUCAUUGCAGCCAGUGCUCUUCUGAACUCUUGCUGCUAGUGUUUGAAAGAAGCGACAGAAGGCAUGUGGCGUCGGGAAGGGAAUGGAAGCAGUUCUGCAGGACAGACACCGGGCCCGCUGUUCACCCAUAGGUUUGGUUUGAUCGGUUGUUUACCAGGUCACACAAGGUCCCCAGGUGAAGAGACCGUCCUGAGUGUAGGUGCAGGGAGGUGGAGGGAGUGGGCAGGGAGGCCUUGAUAAACCGAGUCGAUGAAAUAAAAGGCAACAGGAAAGACACUGUAAAUGUGUAAAUGUAUAUUGUGUUGUAUGUCUAUUUUAUAUUCAUAAUAAAUGCGACAAAUUCUAAAUCCUGUUCUAAGUGCUUUGUCCGUGCAGUGGUGGGAAUUUCUCACUUAAGAAGAGUCAUUUAGGAAGAUGCUUGUUUAUCGGGGUUUUCCAACUUUUUCAGAUUAGAAACGUCUAGAGAUUUGGGAAGAUGGCUUGGUGGUUAAUAGCCCUUGCUGUUCUUGCAGAGGACCUGAGUUUGGUUCCCAGCACCAAAUAAUGGCUCACAGCCACCCAUAAAGCCAAUCCCAGCAGAUCUGAUACUCUCUUCAGACUUCCACAGGCACCAGGCAUGCACAUGGUAAACAUAUGUACAUACAUGCAGUCAAACACUCAUACACAUUAAAAUAAAAUAAAUCUAAAUUAAUAAGAAAUGAAGAAGGAGGAGGGGAAGGAAAAAAAAAAGAAAUGUCCUGUAGAAACUACAGUCUCAGUACUUAAUGCGCUGACGGGUCACCCAUGUAUUUUGAUAAACUGAAGAAUUGCCCUCAGCUGGUCUCAGAUGGGGCCUG